AUGGACGUGAUUUUUGUCUCUUCCAUUUCUUCUAUAUGAGUUUCUUGGCCUUGGUCUCUAGCGCAUGAUUGAACUAUCGCGGUGACAUGCACUCGUCCAGGACCCUCUCCAGGGAAGCUUAAUCGUCCCGCACCGCCAUGGUCGCGGCCAUCGGCGGUCUUGGGAUAUUGAAUGAUGGCAGAUACAAGCUUGAUCACGUUAACUCUCACUCCUGAUCCGAGCUUUAACUGGUAUUUUCUUCUUGAGAUCAUCGUCUCCUGCAUUCUUGUGUUGUUCUUCCUCCUCUAUUUCAAUCGCCUUUUCGCAACCCUCCUCUCAUACGGAAUUCGAGCCUACACGUGGCAUUACUAUCGCGCAUACGUUGACAUCCACGCUCUCCAAGUCUCCCUGCUCGGGGGUAGGAUCUUCUUCAAGGGCAUCCGGUAUCAUGGAGUGAAUGAAACGAUUUUUGUACAUGGAGGUUUUAUAACAUGGUGCUAUUGGAAACGGUCGGUUAGGAAAACAGAUUUGUCCGGUCUCGAAGCCGAUGAGAAGCGAGAAAAUGGUCGAACUCCUGAAGACGAUCGCGCCAGCGGUGUCGGGGACAGUGGGAUCAAGGAACAAGGAGGCCAGUGCCGACCGGACACACUCCCUUGUCGCAUUACUGCCAAGUUCUACGGACUUGAGUGGUUCAUUUACAAUCGAACCCCCGCCUACGACAGUAUCCUCGCCGGUUUCACGGAAAAUUCAGCCUCCUAUACCAAGCCGCAAUACCCAGCAAGCAAUGCCGUGGAUCCUGAACUAAAGGCGCAUUCGGAGAGGAGUCCCGAUGCAAGCAGGUCGGAAUUUGACAGGACAUCAUCUACAGACAAUGUUCCGGGGCGGAGUAGGACGGGCAGGGAUACGAUCGACACUCAGCAUGUGGGAGGCGCUGAGCAAGAAAUGGAGGAAAGCUUGAACGUCCUACUCCGGCUCCUGCCUCUAAGGUUGGAAUGUGAUAAGGGCGCUAUUGUGAUGGGCAAUGAGAAUACGAGGUCGGUCUUGACCACCACUUUUGACGGCGCGACGGGAUUGAUUGAGGCGUGCGAUGCUGGACCAUUGGACCUCUACCGACAGGCUUUCACAUUCCAGAUAAGCCAUCCCGUUAUUCAGAUGCGACCCAACCCGGAUUUCAAGCAGAAUCAGUUCGCCACUGCAAAAGGUAUUAGUUCAACAGAAGAGGAUAAGUCUGGAGUAAAGCGCAAGAGGGAUACCAUUUUCAACUACCAGUUCCAGAAGCGAAGAGUGUGGCAUAGUAUCCGUGAUCUGAUUCCUUACUUCCAGACGUCCGUUGAAUCAUUCCAUGUGACGGAAAAGCCGACCGACAAUGGCCCGAGACACCAGACUGAUGGUAGCAGCGACGUGCGUUGGGUUGGCCUCUCUCGGUACUUGGAUGAAGCCAGUCAGGAUGACCAUAGCGAGUGGAGCUCCAUUGAGUACGGUAGAUUUUCUACGAUUUUGGAUACCCCUAGUAUGACGGUAACCUAUUUCUGGGAUAUUCCCGGGUGCGUUCGGCCCCGGUCCGCGCAGGCGCCUGCAUCUGGCAAAAUUUCGCAGGAUCUCAAUGGCGCGCCGCCUCCAGAAUGGGGAAUUGAUGUCAAACUUGAAGGUGGAACCAUCAACUACGGCCCAUGGGCUGAUCGGGAGCGAGUUGGCCUGCAGAAUGUCUUCUUCCCUAAUGCUUAUCGAAGCUCUCAACCCGCGGAGCCUUUAGCGCCUGGAGACCUCAGGAAAAACUCCGUGUUCAAAUUUCGAGUGGAAAUUAGCGACGAGUUGACCUUGCGCGUCCCCACACGAGAGCCUUCCAAGGACUGGCAGUGGAAAGGCAGAGCUGACGCAAUAAAAGGUGCUUCAAAAUUAAAGAAGCAGCAGCGCAGGAGACAGCCCAGGGCUGCCGAUGGUGACAAAGGGAACAUUGGUCCGGACAUUCGUCCCUUUGGCUGGUUUUCACUUCGUGUGGCCGGCGAUUCCACCAUAAACUACUCCAUGGACAUGGUCGCUUCGGAAUCUGGAUUCUCAAGUCAACUUGAUCUCGAUCUUCGUGACUCCAGGAUGUCAUCUAGCGUCAAUCAUGCCCUAUUAUGGCAAUGUCCCAAGCAGCUUGUCAACUGUGAUCUCUCCGUUCCUCUCAUUUGGAACACCCUUCGGACGUGGAUCUUCGAUGUUGAAAACGUUGAUAUGGAGCUCUUCCUGUUACGAGAUCACAUCUUCCUCUUAACGGACUUAAUUGGGGACUGGGGAUCAGGCCCUCCUGCAGAUUACUACACAUUUGUGCCAUUCAUCUACAAACUCAGUCUGUCCUUCGUGGAUUUGAAGCUGUUUGUGAAUGUCAAUGAUCUGAACAUUAUCAGCGAUCCUUCCGAUUUAGAUGACAAUCGUUUGCUUGUGAUCAAAGGCAAAAAGCUAACUUCCGAUGUCAUGAUUCCUUUGAACAAAUACCGGAAUGAGCAGAAUGCCGUGGAUUUUAGUGUCAAGCUGCACGAUGCUGGCAUAGACUUUUGCAGUCCGUUGUGGGAUACGCUACACACGUUCUUACAAGACAAAUCGGCUGCGACUCUGGAAGGUCUUUCUAUCGAUGGGACCUACAAUUAUUAUCUUUCUACGUCAUCCGAGUUGACGGACACACUGUUCCUUAACAUCGACGGGCGAUCACCGAAGCUCUACUUAUUUGGAUUUCUGAUUCGGUGUUUCAUGACCGUCAAAGAGAAUUACUUCGGGGAAGACAUGCACUUUAAAACUCUUGAGGAAUUCCAAGAGCUUGCGUACAGUAAGGAGCAACCAGAGUCGCACAGUGGGAUAAAUCCAAACAGGAAAUCGAAUGAUCUCGACGUGAUUGUCCAUGUCACAGUCGACAACCCUUGCGCCCUUCUUCCGGAGAACGUCUAUGACCACAUGAACUGCCUAAGACUGACUGCCCCGUCGCUGGAAAUUGACUUGCGGUUUACCAACUACUACAUGGACCUACUGUUCUCAAUUGCUCCGCUGAAGGUGGGGUUGGAGUCGCAAGUGAUCAAUCAACCUUCGACCGUGUCCGAUACCCAGCUCUUCAUUGACGGUGUUUCGGUCCACGGUCAUCGUCUGUUUGGUUUACCACCUGCAGAGCCAACGUAUGUCUGCAAUUGGGAUUUUGGCGUGGGCCAGAUCGUUGGAGAAUGCUCGGCUGAAUUUCUUGCUUGCCUGGGUGCAGCCCUGAAGAGUUUCGAUUUUUCCUUUGACAACGAAGAGAAUGCACUCCCGCCAUUGUUCCCGCUUAUACUUCACGAUGUCACUUUCCUACGCGCGAAGUUCGAUUCAAUACACCUCUCCGUGCUUCUCGAUCAAGCUGCAUUUCUGCUGAGUUCCGGCACUGUUACGAUUCAAUUUAAUGACUGGGCAAACGAAAGAUUUUCAAAGCGCAUGAGCCUCCUUGUACCGGAUCUCUCAAUCUCUGCGCUUGACUACAAUUUUGUCGGUCGAUUUGGAAGUCUUCUGAGUACGGAAGUGAGCCCACUUGCGAUCUUCAAGACAACGAUCAAACUACGAAUGGCGCAGAGGAAAAACAACAUCUUUGAAGAGCGGAAAUUGCAACAGGAACACAUUAGAUCGCAUGACGAGAGGACCCAGAGAACACCGUGGCUGCUGUUUGACUGGGACGACAUGGAUCCUGAGUCAAUGCAUGCGAAAAGCGACAAAUACCCCAUACCAACCAUUCCUAUACCGACAAUGCCCGAGCCCCUCCUCAGAAGCUCAGGGCGACUGGCUUCGUCGUUGGACAAACAGUUCGCAGGAAAUAGGAACCCUCUAAGCUCUAAGAGUUUCCUAGUGUCCUUAGACUCUUCAAGCAUAAGAAGUGGCCGUAGGGGGGCAUCCAGCGUUAAUAGAGCAGCAAGUGGAGCUUCGAGGAGCCAGCAGGAUCACAUCCAAACGCUGGGAACAGACGGGCAAAAGUCACUUUCGCUCGAAGAGCGCAAAAAAUAUGCCAAGGAAUCUUCAGCCAAUGCUCCAAACACAAACCCCUGGGUGAUGCCUAACUUUACCUUGCACAAGGUUAAACUGGAUAUGUCCCAUCUACCACAUGGCCCUAUUUCUAGCAAUGAUGCUCCUCGAGACAGCUCAGAGGUGACGAGAUUUGACCCUCAAUUUUCUCCCUUCGAAGAUGAUGAAACAACGCACACUAAUUUUGCGCUCGAGUUGCCAUCUGGGGUCAAAGGAUACUGCACACCUGAUUUUCUCUUCAUGGUAGCGACAUUGAUUGGGAGACUGCAACCGAGACAUCCGAUUGAGAUCAUUGACUCGCUCCAGAAAGAUGUAAUCUCGGAUAUCGUCGGCUCUGAAAAAUCCUUGAAGCAUCCAAAGAAGUCAACGGGAUUUGCGAUCCGUGCCCCCUUUAUCCUGGUGAACUUGGUCAACACGUAUGAACCACCAGCCCAUUCUGAGGAUGGCUUCCGAGACGAGUACAGCCUUGCAAUAAUGCACCUAAACACAGGGCUUCGAACGAGAGUUGACCGGCACAAGGAUGACCUUUUAGCAGGUAUAAGUAAAAGCUCUACCGUCCAUGCAGCCGCCGAAAGCUUUUCAAUAUCUGUGCAAGGAAACAAGAGCCAUGCAUAUCAAGAAAAGGCUGAGCUCAGCUGUGUCCUUGGUGACAUGAACUUCUGGCUUGUGACGAAGCCUACAAUGAGAUCCCAUUUCCAGGCACGAGCGCUUGAUACCGUCACGUUCACUAAAUCAGUGGAACACCUGGCAUUCCUAGUUCGUCGCACAACGACCAUGCUCGACUCUGUCGCAUCUUCAUUCCAGCACAGCUCCUCGCUUGAUAGCAAGCGCUUACGUCUGCUCAUCUAUUACCUUACACAAGCGGCUGCUGAUAUACCCGAUCCUGCGUUUCUUACACGCAUUUCGUAUGUGCUUCGAGUGGCGCCGACCCAUGUGCGGCAGCACGAUUCGUGGAAGAUCAUAUCUCGCAUCCGCAACGUCUAUAAUCGCUUGCCCUCGGAUAAACAGCAAGAGCUGGCUUCAAAGUGUCUAGAUCAGGACUUGUCACUGCCCCAAGAUGCUCGGACGAUUGUCCUCAAUAGUUUCGAUCAGUGGCGUGCGUGGGACUUGGCACAUGUCGAAAAAAGCUACGUUAUGCAAAGAGUAUGGGACUCUUUUGCCCCAACUAAGUCCAAGGCUUCGCCAACGCCAUUAUUAUUUUCUUCUACGGUGAAAAUGUUCAGGUUCUCUAUCGAUCCGGGACCAAAAGAAAGCGAUUUCAUAAUUGAAGACAUGUCCACGGCUGUAACCGUCAGUCCACAACAGUACAUGAAUUCGAAGAAUGAGGAGCGAUACAAGAGUUUGAAUGUCAUUCAGAAUUAUUCUUCGUCCAUCAGCCUUCGCUUGCGAUGGGAAAUCUUAGAACUUGUCGAAAGUGUGAUGAACACAAUGGCUAACGUUCAAUUGGAGUCCACCGCCCCUGGAGAAAUCCAUGACUCAGGCGACGAGGCUGAAGGGCGAGACGAUUUGCAAGUUGUUUUCGGUACUGAUCUCGGAUCUAUCACUCUGGACGGCAUUAACAUCAAGUUGGCUUGUAUUAGUCAGGGUCUUAAAGGAUCCGUUGUUGACGGUGCCGAUGGCAUGGCUGUCUUGUUCAGUUCUCAAGCUGGAUUUUCUGAAUUGUCCAAUCUGACCAAAGUUCUCAUGUCUUGGAAAAUCGGCAGCCCGCAUGUCUAUCUUUCUCGGGCGUCUGAGGAAACGGAGAAUGAGAUCACCAAUGAGUGGAAGGUUGCCGGAUCAUGCAAAAAGCUUCUAUACGUCAUGGAGGAAGACCUGAUCAACCUUGCGCAUACAGCAGAUCGAUUGAUCGAGGACGAAGUCCGAUAUAUCCACCGUCUAGCGACCAAUCUAGAUCUUCCGGCUCGCAAACUGAGUGAAACGCCUGCAGCAGCGAAAACGACACAUAACAUGUUUCACAUUGCGAUGUUCUUGGACGAUUAUCGGCUGAGCUUCUGUGUUUUGCCGUCAUUGACAUACGUCAUCUCCGGAGAUGUUGCGCGAACAUCCAUCAUACAGACCAUGGAGUCGAAAAUCGAGGUAGACUUCGACCUGAAGAAGAACCUACACACAUUCAUGUCGGGCGAAAAGGGCGGCCGGCGUCCUUUGUCAGUUUUAGAAAUCCCGCCCAUCAACGGUCGGGUUGUUGCGAAUUUGUCAUCUAAUCGUACCGAUAUCGAGGUCGACGUCACUAUCGAGCUUAUCCAGCUGGAAGCCAGUGCAGUGCGAAGUCUUUUGGGUGCUCUGGGGACUCCUGAGUUCUCACAUCUCAUGUCAGACCUCAAACAGAAUGUCGAGACCCUGCAACUCCAUCUCAACGACGCUCUCGACCUGAACAAAUCUCCCCCUCAGCAAAGGAAGCCGUCUAAUGCCCAUGCGCUUCUUUACAAAGCGCGCAUGACCAUGGCGGGGACUAAAAUCCAUGCCACUGCACCUGCUGUUAACGGAAAGAAUUAUACGGCAGACAUGGACUUUAGCUUUGGGAUGGUGCGCAUGCGCCUAGAUAAUGGCUUUGACGAUGGUGUCGAGAUGGAAUAUCCCGAGUUCCACAUCGAUACAUCCAACAUCAGCUUCGAUCUCCGACGGCAAGAGGCGUUCAAAAGCCGAUCAUACUGUGGUUUCACCGUUGAUGCUAAACUUGAAGCUACCUCGAUAAGACGUGAUAACGGCGAUCUUAGGCGAGUUUAUCAUUUCAGCAGCAAGCAGUUCAACGUUGAACUGUUUUCCGAGACGGCCGAACUGGUAGUUGAUAUGGCUGUUCAUCUCCAGGAGCGUAUCAAGACAUUGGACUUGACUCAUGAGGUCAAACGAUUAAAGAAAUUGCGACGGCGAGGCUAUCCGGAACCCAAGAAGAAAGCCUUGGAAAUUCCCGAUAUCCAGGUAAACGAGGAUUCAAAAUCAGAGGAUUUCUUCAAUGCUAUGUACUCGUUGGAUUUCAACAACAUCCAAAUCGCCUGGAAUAUGAGUACAGUGCCAGUACCUUCGUCUGUGCGGAGGCCGGACGAUCUGGUCUUCUCCAUCAAGAGUGUGGAUCUUUCGAACAAGAAAGCAAACGCUGCGAAGCUUCGCAUUGAAGAUAUGCAGUUGCAGCUGGUUCCAUACUCCGCCAGCAGGCAAAAGCGAUCUCUGAAUUCGGCCUUGCUGCCCGAGUUGGUAUUUAACGUGGCUUAUUCUUCUGCUGGUGACGAGGUUCGGCUUGCCUUCCAGGCUGCUGGUAAGUCUCUUGACAUACGGCUCACAUCGGACUUUAUUCUUCCGGCAAGCAUGAUACGAGAUUCCAUUGCCGCCACUAGCAGAGUUGUUCGUGAAGCCAAUUCCACGUUUGUGCCCAAACAGACUGAGGACAAUCCCAAGCAAGACUCGCUUUUUGGAAACAAACGAUUCCAGUCAGUGUUGGUGGAUGUCGACUUUGCCGGUGCCAUCGUUUCACUGCAGGGGACGCACACAGAUGAUCCCCAGACAAUGCUGACCGCGACCUUGAAGAAGGGCACUUUGUCGGAAGCAAAGUACGGUCAGUACAUUCAAGGAGAUACAACGCCCACUGCAACGCUCAGGGCUCCUGGCGUGGCCUUGAAGGUUCAGUUCGAGGACAACCAGCAAGACUCGGCACUCAAUGCCGAGUUGAAGGUCGAUGCCUCCACGAAUGUUUUAUACCCGAGUCUUGUCCCACUUGUCAAGCAAAUGACGGAGACUGUCAAAGAAGUCAUGGGAGACCAGGGAGGAAGACCCCGACGACCGUCCGCUGCGGUAAUGUUACAACCGCAGAAGCUGAUGCAGGAGACUCAACUCGAAAAGCAGGACACCGACUCGAUUCUCGGGCGGUGCAAGCUGAACGUGGGCCUCAUGAUCUGCAAACAAGAAUUCAGUCUGAGCUGCCAGCCCAUCGCCAGGGUGGCCGCUACUGCCAAAUUCGACAGCGCCUACGUUACAGUCAACACCGUGCAGUCGGAAGAAUAUGGACGGUUCUUCGCUCUCCAGGUUGCUUUCAACUCCUUGGGAGCGUCAGUGAAACACGUGUACUCCAACGAAUCAACGGCUAGUUUCGAGGUUAAUUCAAUGGUAAUGUCUGUGAUGAACAGCAAACAUCUAGGCAGCGCAAAGGGCAUUUCCGCCGUUCUCAGGAUCAGCCCAAUGCAAGUGAUUCUUAACGCAAAACAAGUCCAAGAUCUUCUGCUUUUCCGCGAGAUCUGGGUGCCGUCAAUGGAGGACUCAGAUGCCAGUCCUUCAUUUCCCCCGCAAUCACAAGAAAACCAGGCCUACAUUGUACAGCGAUACCAGCAGGUGGCUUCCGCGCCUGCGUUCCCCUGGAACACCACUAUCUCGAUCGAGAAGCUGGAAAUUCAACUUGAUCUAGGAUCGUCGCUUGGAAAAGCCCAGUUUGCCAUCAAUGAUCUCUGGCUGUCUACGAAGAAAUCGUCCGAUCGAGAGCAGACUCUUUGCGUCGGCUUCGAUACGGCAGGCAUCGAAAGCAAAGGCCGAAUGAGCGGACUCAUUGAACUUCAAACCCUCAAGCUACAAACUUCUAUACAGUGGCCCGACGACAGUCUCAAGAUCAAAACGCCGCUCAUCCAAGCCUCCGUUUCCUUCCACCGGUUCCAGGUGAAGGUCUCCUUUGACUACCAGCCCUUCCUCAUUGCCGACAUCGCCAUGUUCGACUUUCUAAUGUACAAUGUGCGAACCGAGUCGGACGCACCAAGCGAGCGAUUGUUCAGUACCUUGGAGGGGAAACAAGUGCAGGUCUUCUGUACGAGUUUAACUGCAUCGCAAACGAUCGCUCUCUACCAUGCCUGGCAAAGACUCAUCCAAGAUAAGCAGGCAGCCUAUGAAGCUUCCUUGCGAGAAGUCGAACGGUAUCUACGACGAAGAUCCACCGCUUUCACUGGUAAAACCGAAGCUCCCAGCAAGGAUCUGGACUCGCCGGUAGACGACAAGACCGAGAAAGCGCCGAUCUCCUUACACACUGGAAUCGUGGUCACAAUCAAAUCUGUCAACAUCGGUGUCUUUCCCAGCUCCUUCUUCGACAAUCAUGUCUUGAAGCUGGAAGCCCAUGACGCCCAAGCCCGUUUCGACGUCUCCCUCGACCAGGGUAAAAUCCACAGCGCCCUGGGGCUCACUUUGGGCCAACUGCGCGUCGCCCUGUCGGGUAUCGUACGUCCGAACUCCAUGGGCAUGGAGGAGCUUCUCGUCGGGGAAAUCGCCAACCGCGUGGUCAGCUCAAGCGGAGGAACCAUCCUCAAGGUGCCCCGACUCGUCGCCACCAUGGAGACGUGGCAGGAACCGGGCAUCCCUCAGAUCGAAUACAUAUUCCGCAGCACCUUCGAAGGCAAGGUCGAUGUCGGAUGGAACUACUCGCGCAUCAGCUUCAUCCGAGACAUGUGGGAGACGCAUUCCCGCGCCCUGGCUUCGCGCCUGGGCAAGCCAUUACCGCCGUCCGCGGUCCGCAUCACCGGUGGCCUCGGCGGCGAGGGUGGCGGUGACAAAAGCGACCAGCAGGAGAAGAUCACUGCCGUGGUUAACGUGCCUCAGUCCAAGAAUACCUAUAUUGCGCUGGAGCCGCCUGUCAUCGAAACCCCACAGCUGCGUGAUAUGGGCGAGGCUACGCCGCCGUUGGAGUGGAUUGGGCUGCAGAGGGAUAAGUUGCCGAAUAUCACGCAUCAGAUCAUUAUUGUGACUUUGUUGGAGGUCGCGAAGGAGGUCGAGGAUGCGUAUGCGAAGAUUCUUGGGUCUUCUUGA